CGCCUGUGCUGGGGGAGGGAGCGAAAGGCAGCAGGAAGGAAGAAAGGACGGAAGGAAGGAUAGCGGGUCCGGAGGAGGAGCGCGGAGCUCGGCGGGGUUUGUGCCUCCGGUACGGCAAGGGCGGCCCAAGGGCACCCGGAGAAGGAGAGCGGUGGGGCUGAUGGCUUCCUCCAGGCCCCUGGCACGCUUCUGGGAGUGGGGCAAGAAUAUCGUCUGCGUGGGGCGCAACUACGCCGAGCACGCCAAGGAGUUGGGGAAUGCGCUGCCCGCCGAGCCCCUCUUCUUCCUCAAGCCCUCUUCGGCUUACCUGCGGGAAGGCUCGCCCAUCCUGCGGCCCUACUACUGCACCGACCUGCACCACGAAGUGGAGCUGGGGGUGGUGAUCGGGAAGAGAACCCGGGCCGUGUCCCAGGAGGCUGCUAUGGAGCACGUGGCAGGCUAUGCCCUGUGCCUGGACAUGACCGCUAGGGACGCGCAGAAAGAGUGCAAAAAGAAGGGUUUGCCCUGGACCUUGGCCAAGGCCUUCAGCACAUCGUGCCCGGUCAGUGAAUUUGUGCCCAAGGAGAAGAUCCCAGACCCUCACAAGCUAAAGAUCUGGCUCAAGGUGAAUGGACAGUUGAGGCAGGAGGGAGAGACCUCCUCUAUGAUCUUCUCUAUCCCGCACCUGAUCAGCUACAUCAGUGAAAUCAUCACCCUGGAAGAAGGAGAUUUGAUUCUGACAGGAUCUCCCAGCGGAGUCGGGUCUGUAGAAGAAAAUGAUGAGAUAGAGGCAGGGAUAGGUGACAUCCUGUCCAUGCGGUUCAAGGUGGCCCAGCAAACACGCCGGUCCUAACCAGCAGCUGGGCUGGGACCUGUAUCUGCAGAGGAAGAGCCUUUUGGGGAGCACUGCGUGAACAAAGAGAUGCACUGCACCCACUGUCCUGUGUGUUAAAUUUACAUGGCCUGAGCAUCUCCUGGACUCCUGGUUAUCAAAGCUGUGCUGUAGCUCAUGAAGACCUGUGGCUAAAACAACCCCCAUUUCCACGUUGGCCUCCAGAGAGGCUGUAAAGCUGAGGUUAGUCCAAGAGUCCAACCCAGCCUGGAGCAGCUGGUUGGUACCUAAACUGUACCUUGGAACUUUGUAUUCAGCUGUGCUGGGGAAAUAAGAACAGUAGGAAAUACAGCAGCAGGACUAUCGCUGUGUGCUCUUCUGUUCUGUUCACGCUUUGAGCUUUGCCAAUGUCCUGUCUCAAAAUAAACAUAAGAACUGAAGUAUUAAAAUGGUGAUGUACAGAAAGUGAUCUGUGGUCUUGGUAAGGCCUGCAGCUGUCCAGCUUCUGUGUCCCAGCCACACUUGGAUUCCUUGCACGGGUGCAAUAAAGUGGCAGGAAUGCACUUUAUAAAGUGGAAAAAUAAAAGUUUAACCUGAGGACUGGAA